AUGGUGAAUGAGCGACUGCUGGAGCAAAAUGGGGAAGAACAGGAGGGCUACUGCCGAACGUGUUGGCGUAACUGCACACGAGCUGUUUUUGCGUUUUGGCCUGCCGCCCUCUCUGUGCUUUCAUUCGGAGCCCUAGUGGCAGCGGCGUACGGUGCAUUGACACCGAAAGACUUUGACGUCACGCAACCGACCCGAGGAGGGCGGUAUGAGCUGUUCGAAGGCCUCCUUCUGGGAGCAGCCGGAGCCGCAGCUCUGGCCGUGCUGCUGGUGAUCUGCAACAAGGCCAAAUUCGACAAGAAACAAAGCACAUCCACGCGUCACACACGAGAAUCAGACGAUCAGGGGUGUUGUUGUCGUUGUGGGUAUGCAUGGUUGAAGCCCCUGUGUUGUGACUGUGCAUGGUUGCCUUGCAACAUUCACGACGACGACGACGACGAUGUGGAGUCCAGUGGCUCAGUCUUUGAAACAGACCCCAUGCCAGACGACCCGUUUGAGUACGAAGAAAAGGACAAGGCCACCUUGCUCACCAAAGUGCUUGUGACUGCGUUUACGUGCGUCAAGGUGAAAACGGGGACACACAACUCCCUUCGGAUUGCAAAUCGAAAACUCGGACCAAGUGGCAAGUACUUGCUAGUGGGUUGUCUCGUGUUCAUGUUUAUGGGCAUGGGGUGCGUCGUCGUCUAUGAGCUUCAAGACCAAGUGUCGACUGCAGUCUGCUUGGAAGGCUAUGACUGUUUCGUCUCGAACCCUAACCGAGUUAGUCACAACUCUGAGCCCGUCAACUGCACGGAAGUGCCAUUUUUGAAAGCCCCAUUCUACUUUGACUGUCGACGCCUGCACCCUUUUGAAUUCAGCCGCGUGAGCUCGGUGCUCGGCUCUGCUUACGGCGCACUGCAGAUCAUUCUAUUCGCGAUCAACGCCUUCGUUGGGUUCCUGGACAAACAGCCACCGAAAUCAAGGCGACAGAACGAACAGACAGGGUAUUGUGCCCCCAUCACGUCGCUUCCAUGGAAUUUCGAUCGCGUGUUUUGGUGGAUGCUCGGGGCGACCGUCGUGGGUUUAGUUUCACCAACAGUAUAUCUCGCCGUGUCGUUCUCACUGGAUUCACUGAACGCCCCUGGGAUUGGAACGCUGCUCCAGGUCGUUUUUAUCAUGGCAGGUCUUGUCAUGCUUCCCCUCGCAUUUUGUUGCAGCAGCCACCGAAACAAUGUUGCUUUUGUGACCGUCAAGGAUGGCGUAUUGAUGGAGUACUUUGGCAGGUUGUCAAAGCAGGUUCAGGAGCAACAGUCACUCCACCCAGAGCGAGAAGAAGUGCCUGGCAAGCUGGACAGUCGCCCCCCAACCACCAAAUUUGGUGGUCCCAAAGCCACAGAACAGUCUGUCCAACGCAUGGCUUCACACGGCAAUGACCCGACAACCGGAGAUGAUGACACUGCUUCUGCCGUCACCCCUUUGGAAAAGGGCAAACCCCAAGUCCAGUACGGCACCAGAUUAACUUCACAUCCCGAGCAAGCUGUGUAA